AUGAACGCCUCGCUGGGGAACCAGACGGACGUGGUGGGGCUCUUCCUUGCCAACAGCAGCGACUCUCUGGAGAGGGUGCUGCGCUCCUUCACGCCCCGGUCGGUGGUGACCGACGACGGCUUCGUGGUGACCGCGCCGGACGAGAGGAGCCUGUACAUCAUGCGCGUGGUGCAGAUCGCCGUCAUGUGCGUCCUCUCGCUCACCGUCGUCUUCGGCAUCUUCUUCCUGGGCUGCAACCUACUCAUCAAGUCCGAAGGCAUGAUCAACUUUCUGGUGAAGGACAGGCGGCCGUCCAAAGAGGUGGAGGCGGUGGUGGUGGGGCCCUACUGA